AUGAAGCCAGUUCGAGGCUCACCUGCACCAAUUGACGCAGACAUAGGGAAUAAAACGUCUGUCAAUGACCGAGCGACUUCGGGAUACGGCCGCGCAGACCCAGGUCGCCAAAAGCUAAAAGCUCCUCAGUCCCACCCUUCCGAGUCAAAGAUUGUUCGAUUGAAGCUCACAAAACCAAGACCGCCCAGAUCCAAUUCCCAAGAAGUGGACUGGGACGAAGAUCUCCGCCCUACACCCAAUGAGACAGUCGAGAGUAAAGGUGCCCAUGGAGGAACCUCCGUUGCCGAUACAGACCCAAACCGACCGAAGACAGUUGGAAAAAAAGCAGGAAGCAAGCGAGCAAUGCUAUCAAAGCCACAAACAACUUCGGCAAAACGCAGGAAAUCAAACACGAGGAAGAGCAUUACCAGCGAAGAGGGCGGCACCAGAGAGCCACAAUUGCCGUUGGUAACGCUUACUGCAAGCACUUUGCCUUCUGCGGCCCCUCUGGGUAACAGUGGGCCUUCUGAUAUGCGUCCACUGGACGGACAAAACAAAUAUUAUGCCACGAAGCGCAAUGGAGAUGUGCCCGAAGCUUCGCACCAACCUUCGCCACCGACAGACAGCCACAAGAAGCAUGGAAAUAAGAGCAAAGGGAGUGUGAUUGUCGAGAUAAGGAGCUGCACAUCGGUGACAACAUCCUCUGAUUUCGAAGAUUAUGGCGAAGGGCCAUCCCGUACUUCAAAAGUCAGCAUCCUAGAGCAUCGGGCACAAUCCAAUGGACGAACAAACAAAGGCAAAGCUGUUCAUGUGACUUCCGAAGUAUCUUCAAGUUCUGACGUCGACACUAAAGGACCGACUACUUCAAAGUUCACCAUCCUGGAGUCAAGGGCACUUCCAAAGGGACAAAACAGCCAGACUAAGGCGGUUCAUGAAAAGAGUCGUUCCAGACAUCGUGGUAGAGCAGAGAGCGUUGGAAACAAGCUGAUGCUUGCGCUCCACGGAGCAGAGCCUUCUCAGAAUGAACCACUCAAUGAUCAAACUGCACCUCUCAUCAUCUCAUCUGAUCCAGUACAAUCCGAGGAAUCUCCGAGAAAGCAGCAGUCCGACCAAAUGCCGAACGACACAGCGUUGGAACCUCCAAAGAUUGACAGCGUACUGGACAGAAUAAUUCCAGCCGAAACAAAGCAAGACCGAACCGAACCUAAAACUGUCAAUCCAACAUUGAUUGCCAAAACACUUUCGCCUAAGGAAGAACAGAUACUACAGCAAGCAGAUGACGCAUUCUUCUGGCAGGCUCUGGGCGAUGACAGGUUGUCCAGCACAACGAGUUUUUCAGAAUUUGAAAUCGGCAGAGGCUUGAUGGGUGACGACCCUUCAAUCCUUGAUUACCACAUGGAAAUGGAACAUAUCCCCGGGUUUGCAACCUUGCAACCCAUGAGAUCCGCACUGAGCACAUCUUCACAUUCCACUAAAAUCUGCGAAAGCCGGGCGAAUAGCUCAUUGGAGACUUCAAAUGCAGGAAAUCCCGAUUAUCUCACAGCAGGGCAGACUGAGGGACGUGGAUUUAGCCAUACUCCGGAGUCUCAAAAGCCUCUUCUCACUAAUGAAUCCCCAAUAGAACUGAAUUCCGCAUCUCCUCAGCCCCCAAAGUCAGUCCCAAAGACUAGCAUUGUCGACAGCAAUGGUAGUCCUCGGCUCAUGCCUCAGUCAGCCAAGAGCAUGGUUGUGCCUCAACUCGAUCUGGAUGGCGAAAAGCACCACGAAGAGACAACCAGCGACACUAAUGCCAGUCCAAUUGAGUACGACGGAGACUCGUCCAGCAUCUCCACUGAGACUAAAUAUGAGGGGGUCAUGUGGACUAAGUUCCAGAGAGACAUGUUGUUGGAAUAUGGGAUCCAAAUGGAAAACCUGGAGAGAUCUCACCCAUGGCCGCCACAGCCGCAUGAAAGGCACCAACACUCGUUUUCUCAGGAGGAUACUGCUGAUGGGGAUAACUCCGAGAAAGCAUCGACGACUAGACCAAGUUCUUCCCAGAGCACGAUCGAUGAGAGAGCAUUAUGUGGCGUUCCUUCAAAGAAUCAUGGGUUUGACCAAUCGUUCCGAACAGAUAUAUCGGGAUCAACACAGCCAGCUUCUAAGUUGCACCGAUCCUCUACGAAGGGCGAUGACGAUAUGGAAUGGAUAUCAACCUUGCAAGUGGCACAGAAAGAUGCCCACCGCCUGCUUCAAGAAACCAACUCGCAUUUGUCCACUCAGCUGGCGGCAGAAAAGGCCACUAUCAGUCGAGUCUUGGAGAUCUACCGAGAGGGAUGUAGUCGGAUCCUUGACGACCUGUUCCAAGCACAAGAAGCACGAAUGCAGCUAUACCGGCAGCAAAUGCAUGUCGUUAAGGAACAACAUGCAGAUAUAUGUCAAGACCUGAUUCGUGGAUUGCAGGAGCUCGACCGUCGGUUCUUCAUUGAUAACCCUAAUGUGGGUAACCACAACCAUUUGGAAGACUCCCGCAUUCUCGGCUACAACCCUCUUACCCCGCCCAAUCUCCUCCAACAUGAGAUCGCAUUGACCGAGACCUCACGAAAGACCGUACUCGACGGACGCAAUGAAGCCGUCGCAAUUGUCCAUGGCACAGAUAAGCGCCAGCGUAUGAUGGUAGUGAUCGGACCUUGCUCCAUCCACGACCCGGAAAUGGCCCUCGAAUACUGCGAUCGCCUAAUGAAGAUGAAGGAGAAGUACGCUGACGAGCUGCUCAUCGUGAUGCGCUCGUACCUCGAAAAGCCACGCACAACCGUGGGCUGGAAGGGCCUGAUCAACGACCCUGAUAUUGACAACAGCUUCAAGAUCAACAAGGGUCUCCGCGUAUCGCGCCAGCUCUUCGUCGACCUGACCAACAAGGGCAUGCCCAUCGCUAGCGAGAUGCUCGACACAAUCUCCCCCCAGUUCUUGGCAGACUGUUUGUCCGUCGGUGCCGUUGGUGCUCGCACCACCGAGUCCCAGGUCCACCGUGAGCUUUCCUCCGGUCUUUCGUUCCCCGUCGGAUUCAAGAACGGCACCGACGGCUCGCUCGAUGUCGCAGUCGACGCUAUUGGCUCCGUCAAGCACCCACACCACUUCCUGUCCGUCACAAAGCCCGGUGUUGUUUCCAUUGUCGGAACCGUUGGUAACCCUGAUUGCUUCGUUAUCCUUCGCGGAGGAAAGAAGGGCCCCAACUACGAUGCUGCCAGCAUCGCCGAUGCCAAGACUAAGCUUACUGCUAAGGGCAUGCGUCCCCGUCUUAUGGUUGACUGCAGCCACGGCAACUCUGAGAAGAACCACAAGAACCAGCCCAAGGUCGCUGCUGUGCUUGCUGAGCAACUUGCUGCCGGUGAGGAUGCUAUUAUGGGUGUUAUGAUUGAGAGUAACAUCAAUGAGGGCAACCAGAAGGUCCCCGCAGAGGGCAAGGCCGGUCUCAAGUACGGUGUCAGUAUCACGGAUGCUUGCAUUAACUGGGAGGAUACCGAGUCAGUAUUGGAGACUCUGGCUCAAGGUGUUCGCGCUCGUCGCGAGAAAUCGGAAGCGAAAUAAGCUGUGUUGGGAUAUUCAAGUUAAAUUACAACGGGGCAUUUC